AUGGUUCAGCGGCCAGCCCCAAAACGGCAAUCUACGCUUCUGCCUCAGUCCAAGAAACCUAAAUUGUCUCCUUCCCCGAAACUGGAGGACAAGUCGGCCUCUCCCGGCCUGCCGAAGGGAGAAAAAGAACAGCAAGAAGCAAUUGAACAUAUUGAUGAAGUACAAAAUGAAAUAGACAGACUUAAUGAACAAGCCAGUGAGGAAAUAUUAAAAGUAGAACAAAAAUAUAACAAACUCCGCCAACCGUUUUUUCAGAAGAGGUCAGAAUUGAUCGCUAAAAUCACAAAUUUUUUGGUAACCACAUUUGUCAACCAUCCACAAGUGUCUGCACUGCUUGGGGAGGAAGACGAAGAGGCUCUGCAUUAUUUAACCAGAGUUGAAGUAACAGAAUUUGAAGAAAUUAAAUCAGGUUCCAGAAUAGAUUUUUAUUUUGAUGAAAACCCCUACUUCGAAAUGGUCUUCGAAAAUAAAGUUCACUCCAAAGAAUUUCAUCUGAAUGAGAGUGGUGACCCAUCCUCAAAGUCCACUGAAAUCAAAUGGAAAUCUAGAAGGGAUUUGACAAAACGCUCGAGUCAAACACAGAAUAAGGCCAGCAGGAAGAGACAACACGAAGAGCCAGAGAGCUUCCUUACCUGGUUUACUGACCACUCUGAUGCAGGUGCAGAUGAGGUAGGAGAGGUCAUCACAGACGACAUCUGGCCAAACCCUUGCAGUACUAUUUGGUUCCUGAUAUGGACGAUGAAGGAGCAGAGGCAGAAGAUGGUGAUGAUGAAGAAGAAGGAGGCUUGGAAGAUAUUGAUGAAGGUGAAGAAGAUGAAGAUGAAGAUGAUGAUGAAGGGGAAGAAGGCGAGGAGGAUGAAGGCAAGGAUGACUGGCACAGAAGACUGA